UACCCGGCUCCAUUUUACUUAUUUAGAGCAAAACCAGUUUUGACACUUUGACAGGAAAGUUUUAUCCAUUUUUACAAACCACCCAUUCCAUAGUUUACCCCUCUCCCAUUGACAAGGUUUGGAUUAGUUUCUUCAAAGAUUUUUUUUCCUCUCCUUUUUUUUUCAUCUGUUAACUGCACGUGGAUUGUAAAAGUAGGUUAUAUCUGAACUUUUUUCCCCCUUUUUCUUUCCCGUUGAGAGACAGCAUCCAUCCAGCGGGCAUUUUCAGCGGCAUGCGUGCGGUGAUGAGUGGAAACUGAGCACUAAACCGGCCGAGCCUUGCCUGCAUCCUUUCUUUUGUCCUUGGGGCAUCUGGACUCGUGUUGUUUUGCAUUUUCACCCUUUUCUCUGGGAUGUGAGAAGACACUGGCGUCUUUUUCUCGGCUGUUUUCUCCAAAGGAAUAAACUUUUUUUUUUCCUUUUCUCUCUGGAGGAAAAAUGAUGGCGAGAGUUUUUUUGAGCAUGCCUCUUAUCCUGGUUUUGUUCGGAUUAUUUUUGCUCUCUUCUCCAUCCGCAAGAGCGCAGCCGGAGCUUCAGGAGGAAGAGGAGGAGGAGAGUUCGUGUCAAGGGGCUUUUGACCUGUAUUUUGUGCUUGAUAAGUCUGGCAGUGUCAAGAAUCACUGGGAUGAAAUCUACUACUUUGUGGAGAAUCUGGCGGAGAAGUUCAAAAGUCCCAUGUUGAGGAUGUCCUUCAUAACCUUCUCAUCCAGAGCCUCCACCAUCAUGAAGCUGACGGAGAACAGGAUAGACAUCAGGAAGGGGCUGAACGCUCUGAAAAGAGAAAUCCCUGGUGGAGACACGUUCAUGCACCUUGGACUGGAGAGGGCAAACGAGCAGAUACAGCGUGAAAACUUUGGCACGGCCAGUGUUAUCAUCGCACUGACAGACGGAGAGCUGCAGGAACACCAGCUCAUCACCGCACAGCAAGAGGCAGAGAAGGCCAGGACACUUGGAGCGAUCGUGUACUGCGUUGGAGUCAAAGACUUCAACGAGACACAGCUGGCCACCAUCGCAGAUACCAUUGAGCAUGUGUUUCCUGUGCUGGGCGGCUUCCACGCCCUCCGAGGAGUCAUCGACUCGAUCAUCAAGAAAUCCUGCAUUGAGAUUUUGGCAGCCGAGCCGUCCAGUGUGUGUGCAGGAGAGUCGUUCCAAGUGGUGGUGAGAGGAAACGGCUUUCUCCACGCCAGGAACAUCAACCAGGUGCUCUGCAGCUUCAAAGUCAACGACACCGUCACAAUCAAUGAGAAGCCGGCAGACGUGAAGAAUACAUAUUUACUGUGUCCAGCUCCUGUCAUCGAUGAAGUUGGAAAGGUGAUUUAUCUCCAAGUGAGCAUGAACGACGGUCUGUCCUUCAUCGCCAGCAACGUGCACAUCACCACCACCGAGUGUUUUGACGGCACCAUCCUGCUGAUCACCCUGCUGGUGCUCUUCCUGCUGCUGGCGCUGCUCUUCAUGUGGUGGUUCUGGCCUCUCUGCUGCACCGUGGUGAUCAAAGAGCCGCCUCCUCCUCCUCCUCCUGAGCCGGAGUCAGAUGACGAGGACGGUCUGCCCAAGAAGAAGUGGCCCACCGUGGACGCCUCGUACUACGGAGGCCGAGGAGUCGGAGGCAUCAAGAGGAUGGAGGUCCGCUGGGGAGGGAAGGGCUCGACCGAGGAGGGGGCCAAGCUGGAGAAACCCAAGAACGCCGUGGUGAAGAUGCCCGAGCAGGAGUACGAGCCCUUCGAGCCCAAACCGAAGAAACCUCACAACAAGAAGCCGCCGCAGAGCCGCAAGUGGUACACGCCCAUCCAGGGGAAGCUGGACGCCAUCUGGGCUCUGUUUCGCCGCGGGUACGACCAGGUCUCUCUGAUGAGACCGCAGCCCGGUGACCAUGGCCGAUGCAUCAAUUUCACCCGGGUGAAGGACGAAGCGGCGGCGGCGGCGGCAGCGAACAAGGCUGCACCCCGCACCCCGAUCCACACGCCCUCCCCGCCGCCGCCGGACUACCGCCCCGUGACCCGCACCGCCACCCCGCCACAAAGUGCCGCCGCUCCUCCCGCCAGGUCACCAGCUCCGUCCGCCCAGCUGCCUCCAGGACCGCCGCCGGCCCGCACCCCGCCGGGACCCCCCUGCCCCCCGCCCUCACGCCCCCCGCCCAGCCUCCGGCCCUGAGUAGCAUAGACACCCGCCCCCCCUCCCUCCCCUCUACGCGCCCGCUUCAGUAUCACAGACCCACGGCUCCGGCGAGCAGAUUUAUCAGUUUGAAGGCUGUGGUCGUCCCUGCCAAAGAUUCUCCCGCUAAAAGCCAAAGAUCGACAGUAUUUUUGAAGCCAAAGGUCUCGUGGCCCCGACUGGUGUCCGCCUCACUCGCUCUGCACAGGAGGAAGUGUCAAGUCAAGGUGCUCGCCGAAAUCUCUUCAGUGCUGCUUUGCGCAUCUGGGAAAUAACACUCAACUCAUGGAGCAUGACUCGAGGCUUUUUACAAAAGGCUAAGGCCGUUACAGAGAGCAGACGGAGCCGAAAACACCCCAAAACACCAGAAAAUGCACCAUAAACUGCAAUGAAUAAGCCUUCUAUAAAGUCUAUCCUCCCAAACUGGUGACUAAACACGGAACCAAAUUAAUAGGAACAGUUUUUACUUGGUUAAUUAUGAAAACAAAUCAGCCCAUCUUUGAUUAAAUGUUGUCUACAGUUCAGCCUUGAGCAUCAGAGCAGACAGUCAGGCCGCUGAAAAUGCAGCUUUAGCAUUAAAGCUCUGCUGCCUGUGUGUUUCUGGCUUCAGGCUUUUCACGAGGAUCACAAGCGUUAACAUCAUGGUCGUUGCUGUAUCCCAAUGUAGAGUGUGGAUACCCGACCCGAGCCCCUCAAGACCCAUUGGGAUCCAUUGGGACCCAUCGGUCCCAUCAAGUUUACGCGACAACCCUGAAGGCAACACAUAGGCUAAUUCAGGUAAAUGUAACCUAUAGAUAAAGGACAAGCAAAAUCUGGUGCUCAAGUUGGGUUCGGACACAAAAAAAGAUGCAGCCCGAUCCAUACUGUAUUUCCAAAAACAUGCAAGCAAUCAAAUGAAUGUCCGCUAGCCAGUCUUUAAGUCACAGAGGGGAUAACGUUGAGAAUCAAAGGGGACAAGGGAAAGUCUGCAGGUUCGUUAUUUUUGCACAAAGCUCGGUGCAGCUGGGACAAGGUUCAAAUUGGAGAGCUUUAAAAUGCUCCACAGUGGAAACACUAGGUGCAAAGGCUUAACACCAAUUUCAUUUCUGGUGCAACCAAAACGUUGAGACAAACAUUUUUUGGUAGGUCGGCCACAAUAAGAGUCCGCUCCUCAAUUCAGCAAACAUCCGGUCCACUCAGCAGGUCGUGCCACUGCCUCCUCUGAUGUGUUUAAGUGCCUUAAAAAGUAGGAAUUACUGGGAGACUAAAAGCUGAAAAUGCCAAACUGCAGAGUGGUACCGUAAAGUGGAAAAGGUCCGACGUCAUGUUCUACAAAGUGUGAAUGUUUGCAGACGGGCGAGCAGCUUGACUUGACACUCUCUAACGCCCGGGGCGAAGCGGCGGGCGCCACGAGUCGGGGCUGGAGUUAAACUUUUAUUGGCAUUCGUGAGAUCGGGGAGGUUUGUUGCUGGACAGCAAAGCAUGUAGGAACAGGAAGUCCAGAAAAGGAAUACUGCAAUGGAUGAAAUGUUUUUUGUCGUCUUUAUCAACUACUGAGUCAUGCCGUUGAUGUUAAAGAGUCGAGGUUAGCAGUAAGUUGUACGAGAAACCGUCUAAAGGCUCAUUUAUGCUCAACGUUAAAUACGUACGAGGGUACGGACGGAGCCUUCGGGGCACUUCGUCCGUGUUUGUGCGGGUUUUCUGAAAGCUUACGGACAAAACGGAGCAGCACCACCGGAAAUCGCCAGGGCAGCGUAGCCGAUAGUUGAAGCAAAGCCAGUUUAUGAGCGAGAUAUGAAAAAGAAAAUUCUCUCGUAAUUUUAUUAGAGAUAUUAGAGAUAUUAGAGAAAAUGCCACUUUUGACUCUGUGCUGCCCUCUAGUGGAUUCGCUGCUUAACAUCCAUGCCGAUGUAAAGGAUGCAUGGAAGCGCGUGGGGAGUGACGGGUAGAUCGUUUGAAACAGAUGGAUUUAUUUUUCAAAGGAGCAUAAAUGAGCCUUUAGCUUUUACAGGAAAGGAUUGGUUUCGUUGUCCAUUGCUGUGACGGCAGAUCAGCUGCCAGAACAUUUGGGAAAAUGGAUUUCAAAGCAUUUUCAAUUGGUCGUGUUUUUUCUAGUGUUGAGCAACGGAAAUGAAACAGAUCAAAUAUACUAAAAAUACACAUUUUGGUGUUCAGAUGUUACUCAUGUUACCAGGACCAAAGUGAAAGUUUUCUUCACCUGUUUUGUGAUGUUCAUUUUAUCCAACCUUGUGUUAACCCAAGAAACUAAAAUCCUUUUUGAUACAGAAUCAGCUGAAAUUGUAGUUAUUUUUUUCAUGGUCCACUUUUUGUAUCCAUUCAGUGACACGGGAGUGUACAAAUGUUUUUUGGGAAGGUAUGUUUAUACAAAAGAUGUCUGAGAUGCGGUUUUGAAUGCUUUGUUGGUUGAUAUCUCUGAGGCUUUGGAUUUUAUCCUUAACCACCUUUUCAUGUAGUUGAAUUUAGCACAGGUAUAUAUAAGAUUGAUUUUUUUUGUAUCUGCACACAUAGACUGCUGGGCAAUUACAACAUGUAUAUGUUUUUGUUUGCAUUCGGACGUUGAAACUCAUCAAAUCAAGCAACCGAGAAACAGGUUAAGGUCUCUCCUCACAUUUUUUUUUCUUUACACAAUCCUUAUAGAACGGUACUGUACUUUGAUGCCAUUGUUUUGUUUUAUGUCUUUACUUUCACCAGUCACAUUGCAACUGCAGGGCAGUUCAAAGAGCAUCUAAUUUAUUUUACUCCCCGAGAGAGAGAGCGGAGGGUACUUGAAUAUCGACAAGGUGUCCAAACGCCAAGACGGACACUGUGCACACAGUUUAGAAACUCAACAACCAGCCAGUUAAACUCAGUACAGGAACACCAGCUUUUCUCAACCCUGAAGUGGCACGGUAAAACACUGUUCACGCUGAAGGUAAUCCAGCUGCAUUUUGAUCAUGAAAAUUUAAGAAAAAUAUACACUUUUGACUGAAAAUUUGGUUAAAAUACUUCUACGUCGCUGAAUUUUUCCAACAUAUAAAGAGCACAAUGUGGAUUUUGGUCAUUUUCAGUAGCAUAACACCAAAGAUACAUUAUGAUUAAUCAGAGCAAUAAUUAAUGAAAUGUUACAGAAGUUAAAAUUUUAACAUUUAGAGACUGAACCACAGUUUUUCAAAAGGGCAAACAAGGAAGAAUUGAUCAUGUAAGACCAGAGAGAGAGAGAGACGACGCUGUUUGCUUUGUGCUGAAAAAGGUUGAAAAAUGCUGGUAAUUAUUCUGCAUCCAUUAUUCUGCCUUUCAGGAAUUUCCUUCUUUGAUUCUUUUGUCCUUUCUUUGUAAAAAAUAAUAAUGAUAAUAAUAAUGUACGUCAUUCAGUUAUGUCCUGUACCGUUGUGUUACUACAUGAUUUUUUAAUUAUUUUUUUUUUUGCACUGCUCAAAGCUGCUCUGCUGCUGAGCUGAAGGAGUGUGUUGAGGUUGCUUCAUUAAUGUGUAAAACACAAACUUUUACGAGUCAAAUAAUAAACAGAAGGCGUUUUAACUUGAACUGAAACUCCCGAGGCAGUUGGAGUUGAAACAGCUUCAGACAAAAAGGAGCGCCCUCUUCCUGUUUUGUGCCAUAAAGCAGCCGAGCAGAUUUCCUCACAAAGUCACAAAACACGAGCUGUGUAUCGCACAGGAGCAGAUGAGGCCAGAGAUGGAGUUAAUAAGUUGAUUCA